UCUUUAAAAUUUGUUCGUCACAUAGUUCACUGAGCAGUUUGAAACCUUUCACGACGGUUCUCAACCAUCUCGCCGGAAAAUCAUUGCCGGUAUCUCCGCUGCUGACGUCACACCAUCACCGAUCGAACUUCCACAGAUAAUGUCUGGCACUAUAACUACCUAAUGGAGCCAUCGACUGAAUACGUGGCGUUUGAAGAGAAGGUGAAGAAGGAGAUUUACAUCGACAAUUUAUCCCCUCAGGUUACGAAAGCCGUUUUAGAGAACGCAAUCAAUCAGUUUGGGAAUGUGAAAGACGUUCAGUUUGUUCCCACGUCUUUCGCGUCUUACAGUGUUUGUGCUGCUCUGGUGGAGAUGGAAUCAGCCAAACAGGCUGAAGAAAUCAUCUGUGAGAUGGGUGAUUCUCCUCUUAUGAUAUCCGGAAUGCCCAGGCCCGUGAGAGCCCAAAAAGCCCAAGUUGAAAUGUUCGAGGACCGGCCCAAAAAGCAUCAGAGAAGGAUUGUGUGCCGUUGGUUGGAUCCAAGUCAUCAAAACUUUGAGCUGGCUGAGAAGAUUAAGGAUCUGACGAAGAAACAUGCUGUUGAGGCUCAAUAUAUAAUGGAGCUACAACUUGAAGAAGAAGAGAAGCUGCAUAAACAGCAAAGUGAGACCCUGAAAACAAACUACAAGAAGUAUGAGCUGAUUGAUGAUGCAGAUGGAAAUGUGAAGCGUUUGAAAGCUGAAUAUGGGAUUACGCUCAACGACCACUGA